AUGUCAAUUCAAUUGAGGGAUGGUUUAGCGAAUCAACCUUUGGAUUUGAUUCUUGAAGACCUAUUGGUAAGAUUCCUUGUCAACGUUCCAGAUGAAGAUUUAUCUUCUAUAGAAAGAGUGUUCUUCCAGGUGGAGGAAGCUCAAUGGUUUUACACUGAUUUCCUUAGAGUAUUAAACCCAGCAUUACCACACAUGAAAAUGAAAUCAUUUGCCCCCAAGCUUUUAAAGAAGUGCCCGUUGAUCUGGAAAUGGGGUGAGCCAGCUGACGCAAUUGCUAGGUUCGGAAAGUAUAAGUCGACUAUCCCAGUGCGAGGCGUUGCGUUAUUAAAUAAGGACCUUACGAAGGUCUUGCUUGUAAAGGGUAUGGAAUCGAACAGUUGGUCCUUUCCUAGAGGGAAAAUUUCCAAAGAUGAACAAGACUUGGAUUGCGCUAUUCGUGAAGUCAGGGAGGAGACUGGUUUCGACGCUACGGGCUACAUUAACGAAGAUGACUUCAUCGAGAGAACUAUUAGAGGAAAGAAUUACAAGAUAUAUCUCGCCAAGAAUGUCCCUGAAGAUUACAAUUUCGAGCCAAUUGCUAGGCAUGAAAUUGCCAAAAUCUCGUGGCACGACUUGAAGACGGUUCAAAAGAAAUCACAAGGAAACUCCAACCAGUACUUUAUAUUGAGUGCAGUUUUGAAGCCUUUAAUGGGCUGGAUUAAUAGACAGAGAGGUGUAUUGAAUGAGCAAGAAUUGAUGGUUGAAGCUGAAAUUAAGUUGAAGGAGUUAUUGGGUGUAAUAGCAAAGCAAUCGACUGGCAACGACGCAGGAAGAGAAUUGUUGAAUAUCUUGCAAGGUGUCAACGGUGCAAGUGCCGGCAGUGCGUCUCAACAGGCGAAUGCACCAACCACUCCUUUUGCCAAUGGUAACCAUACUAUAGCCACUUCAUUGGCAACUCCAUAUCAGCAGUUGUUGGAAUCAAGCAUUCCAAAUUUUUUACAGACUGCCCAAUUCCCUUACAGUGGUGGACUUCCUCAAGGAUUUCCAACCUCAAACCAACCAUUUUUCAUUCCUAAUUUCCCACCUGGUGCUGCUCCUAGUGGCUUUGUACCACCACAGCCACAUCAACCUCCUCACCCUCAGAAUUUGUCACCUCAGAACAUUGUGCAACCAAACCCACAAUCUUUCCAGAAGCCAACUUCUAUUAGAAGGUCUUCAGAAGCUAAUUCUAAAGAACUUCUUUCGAUCUUAAACUUGGGUGGAGCUUCGCGUAAGAAAUCUCAAGACCUUGAUAAGCCACAAUCCAAUAAUGAUGAUUUAUUGAAAAACAAAUCAAAGGCUCAGUUUUUAUUAGAUUUGGUAAACAAAAGGCCAAUCGAAGAAAAGCCAGCUGAAGAGAAGCCAGCCGAAGACAAACCCAAAAAGAUUCAAAUUUUGAAGCGUCCUGACAGAACUGUUACUCCAUCAUUAGAGAGUUCUCCACAAAUUCCACCUCAAAACAACUUCAGUAACAAGGAAGAAAAAUCUACCCCUGACUCGAGCGGAGAUGAGUACUAUGACUCACAACAAGCAUCUACAGAACUCCCUAAAUCAUUAUCUGGUACUCCAAAUCUCAAUAAACCUAAGAUUUCUAUCUUGAAGAGACAGCCAAAGGAAGAGAAGAAAACUUCUAACGAACAAGUCCCUAAUAAGGCGUCUACCGAACUACUAGGAUUAUUACAAGGCAAACCUAAACCAAAAGAAAUUGUAGCAACUCCAAGUGUCCCACAUAAGGAAGAAGUACAAACAAAUGGAACGAAGAUAUCCGCGUCAAAUGAAUUACUAAAUCUACUCCACAAAAAACCUUCCGAAUCAUCACCAACUAUACAGCCAUUGCCUGUCGUAAAAGAAUCACCUAUUGUGCAGCCCCCUACAGUCGUACAAGAGCCGAAAGUUGAACCUACUUUGAACGAGUCGAAUGAUGAUGAUGGAGAUAACUUUGAAGAUUUUGAGAAUUUUGAAGAUUUCGAUCACUUUGACCAAGGCGUAAAUUUUGUGUCGAAUGCCAAUAAAUUUCUCGACGUUGAUAGUGAAGAAGAAUUUCCAGAGACAGCUUCGGACGAUGAGGAGCAUGUUGAGUCAACCACUGAACCUAAAAGAGAUGUAGAUCCAGCAAUUGCGUUUCAAUUAUCAAACCGUGGAAACUUUGUAAAAGAAAAUCUUAGUGACAGCAAGGGCUUCUUGGAUUUAUUAAAAAAGCCUGGUAAUGAUUCUGUUAAAAUUCCAGCUUUACCAAACAUUUCUGUUAAGCCAAACUUGCAUUCAAUUUACGGAAAUGACCCUUAUCUGCCUGAGGCUAUUUUUAAUGGACAAGAACUCUCACUUCCAAAAGUCGGCCAACCUAUACAAGCUACUCAAAAUCAAUCGGCCUCGCAGAAUCUAUUAAGCUUAUUGGGAAAGGGACCUAUCAAGCAGUCUCCUGCACCUUCUAUACAGCCGUUACAAAGGGAACAAAUUGAAUCGCAGCAGCCGCAACAUCUCCAACCACAACAUUCACAACAUCCACAACAACCACAACAACCCCAAUUUCAACUGCAGUUUAACCAGCAGCAGCAGUUCAAUCAGCAACAGCAACAGCAAUUACAUUACCAACAACAGCAACAGCAGUUUUAUUAUCAGCAACAGCAACAACUUCAGCAACAACAAAUCCAUCAACAGCAGAUGCACCAGCAACAACAAUAUCAGCAGCAGUACCAACAUCCUCCGAAUAAUAUGUUUUCCCCACAGCCUCAUGUGCCUGGAGUACUUUCUCCUCCAGCUCCUUCCAAUCCACUUUUAGAUAUGCUUCGUAAUCCAGAAUCUAAUCAAUCAUCUCCUGGUCAGAGGCAAGCAAAUGUUACAAAUCAAAACGGUAACUCUUCUGCGAAGGAUUUACUUAGCAUUCUCAAGGGAGGAAAAAGUGAUGGCGGCUCGUCGUCCAGUUUUCAUUCUGCAUCAUCUGGGUUCUAA